UGGUCACUAAAUACUGCACACUUCAUUUAAAAAAGUAUCAUUUAAGUCGGUAUGGAUGUGAGGUUAGAAAUAAAUCAUUUAGGUAGGUCGUGACGAGAGUAUUUUGUUGUCAAGGGAGCGUUUAUGUCUGUUGGCUAGUAGUCUUGUACUUAAUUGUCAUUGCACUGCUAUGCUUGUGGGUCGUGUAUGGUCAUUCCAAGUGAGUCGUACUAGAGCCCUAGAAAACGGGUGAAGUAAUAAUAGAUUGAAGGUAAAUUGUGCGACGGAGGGUGAAGAUUAUGUUUUGAGACUUUGCGGUGUUUAAUUUGAUGCGUAAUUUUUUGAACAUUCAUUCCCAGUAGAUUAUUAAUUUCUGCACUAUUUUUAUUAUCCAAAAAUAUGUGGAGUUAUACUAGUCCCUAGCGCUUCUUUAUAUUACUCUAAAUUUCCAUAUUUAUUGGACAAUUCUUAUAGCAGUUUAAAACAAACAGCGGCACUUGCUUUUAACGCACAAUUGAAGGGUUUCCGCCAGGUAAAAAAAGUCUUUAACCUGAUGACGUUUGAGACCACCAGUUAGGUUAAGCCUUAUAGGGAGGUUCUUGAAACCUACCAAGCAGCUGGAAGAGGUCUCAGCAUGUAAAUAGGUCCUUUUCGAGCAGAUAAUUUUUGCUUGCCAUGCGAUUCAGGUUUGUUUCUUUAGACUUGAACGGGAUUAUCCUUCAACCGGCCCGUUCAGUCGGCGAGAUAUACUCCAUUGCGGCUUCGAAGUACAGGGUCGAAGCUGACCCGGAGGUCCUCGAUUCGAAUUUCCGUAAAAGCAUGAAAGAAAUGAGCUAUGCUUACAAGAAUUUCGGCAGCGGUUCCAUCGGCUGGCAGUCUUGGUGGAAAAAGGUCGUCAGUCAGACCUUCUCGGCGUCCCUGAGACCUGGUGAAUUAGACAAGAUACCAUUCGAACCUUUUGCACAGUCCAUGUUGAAACUGUUCGAGUCGAAACAGGCUUGGAAGCUGUGUGAUGGUGCAAGAGAGAUACUUGAAAGCCUGAAAUCCAACUGCGUUUUAGUCGGCGCCAUCACCAAUAGCGAUCCGAGAGUGGAUCGCAUUUUAGAGGAUUUUGGGCUUAGGCGGAACUUCCUUUUUGUCAUCAAUUCGUACGAUGCUGCGACGAAAAAGCCAGACCGGGCCAUCUUCGAAAUGGCAGAAAAAUACUUUGAAGAACAAGACAAACAAUUCCAAAAGAAAGAUGCAGUGCAUAUCGGGGACUCUGUUACAAAAGAUUACGAAGGAGCCAAAGGCGCAGGGUGGAACGCUCUCAUAGUUUCACAAAAAAUUGAAUCAUUACCAGAAGAAAUAAGAAAAUGGGCUUUCAAAGAUCUAUUUGAGGUACACCAAUAUUUGAAAACAUAAUUAUUCAUCUAUUGGUUUCCCAACUUCAAAACAUUAAAAAAUAAUGUGAUAUAGAAAUAACAAAAAAAAGUUGCUACACAUUCAGUUUUUGGUUCUUUCUCUACUGCAGCUAUUCAUUUUUCAGUGUCUUAUGUCUGGUAUUACCUCAAGUUCAAUACUUUGCCAGAGAUAGACAAUAGUUGGUAUACCAAAGAAAAAAAAGCAGUCAGAAAAACAUCUCAAAAAUGUGACAUGAUCAA